AAAUAAAAUAAUAAAAAUAUUGCGCUUAGAUUUGUGCCCUAAAACGCCCUAGAGAAAUUCUUUUUCUCUUCUAAAAUCUGUAAGUUUUAGCACUAGGGUUUUAGCGGCUCUUCGUUUCUUCUCAACUGGCAAAAGCCAGAGAAAAUUUUCAUUCUGCAAGAAAGAUUGGGUAAUUUUUGUCUCUCAAGAUCAGUAGAGCUUUCUCAAUGGCGGCAACAGCAGCAGCUCGGCCACUGGUGACAGUUCAAUCGCUAGAAAAUGAGGCGGCGGACGCCGUUCAUUUGCCGGAUGUAAUGAAGGCCUGUAUAAGGCCUGAUAUCGUCAACUUUGUGCACGCGAAUAUGGCGAAGAACAAACGGCAGCCUUACGCCGUGAGCACGAAAGCUGGCCAUCAGACAUCUGCACAGUCUUGGGGAACCGGAAGAGCUGUGUCCAGAAUCCCCAGGGUCGCCGGCGGUGGAACGCACAGAGCUGGACAGGCGGCCUUCGGAAAUAUGUGUCGUGGCGGUCGGAUGUUUGCGCCGACCAAGAUCUGGAGGAAAUGGCACCGGAAAAUAAAUCUCAACAUGAAACGUCAUGCUGUCGUUUCUGCCCUUGCGGCGUCGUCAGUUCCAGCGCUCGUCAUGGCGAGAGGUCACAGGAUCGAGUCUGUCCCUGAGUUGCCACUGGUUAUCAGUGACAGAGUUGAAGGUGUAGAGAAAACCUCAGCUGCUAUCAAGGUUUUGGAGAAGGUUGGGGCCAUUGCUGAUGUGGAUAGGGCAAAAAAGAGUCACACUAUCCGGGCUGGCAAGGGUAAGAUGAGGAACAGGAGAUAUGUGUCUCGCAAGGGUCCUCUGAUUGUUUAUGGAACGGAGGGGGCUAAGAUUGUUAGGGCUUUCAGGAAUCUUCCUGGAGUUGAGGUUGCUUGCGUGGACAGAUUGAAUUUGCUGAAGCUUGCACCAGGAGGACACUUGGGACGGUUUAUCAUAUGGACUAAGUCUGCAUUUGAGAAGCUUGAUGCCGUUUUUGGGACUUUUGAGAAAGAAUCCCUGCAGAAGAAGGGUUAUGUAUUGCCCCGAUCAAAGAUGGUCAACUCUGAUCUGGCAAGGAUUGUGAAUUCGGAUGAAGUUCAAUCUGUUGUGAGGCCUAUUCAGAGAGAUGUUAAGAGGAAACCCCUCAAGAAGAAUCCACUCAAAAAUCUGGGUGCACUUUUGAAGCUCAAUCCAUAUGCAAAAACUGCUAGGCGGAUGGCACUUCUGGCGGAGGCUGAACGUGUUAAGGCCAGACAGGAAAAGUUGGAUAAAAAGCGAAAGGAACCAAAGGCUGACAAGGAUGCUAUUAAGGCAGCAGGAAAAUCAUUCUACCGGACAAUGAUUUCAGACAGUGACUACACAGAAUUUGAGAGCUUUUCUAAGUGGCUUGGGGUGACACAGUGAAGCCAUGUUCUUGAAUGAUCAAUUUUGCAUCUUAAGGACCACAGUGAUAUUUAGUUUGUUUUCUUUUGAGGUUUGUGUUUAUGAAUUUUGUUUUAUUGACUAUUUUCAAUUUCAACAUUUUGAACCUGCUGUUGGUAGCUUCAAAUGCCAUGAUUAUUAUGAUUACUUUAAAUCAACACGAUGGUAUGAGAUCUGUUGAACUAAGAUAUUUCAUUUUUCAAUGUCUACUACUUUACUUACUUUAAAUUUUAUAAUAAUUCAUGUUUCUCACUUUA